UUUUGUGAGGGGUUCGUGAUGUCCCCGAACAUGAUGUAGUUUGAGCAAAAUACCGUGUUUGCUAAAAUCUAACCACCCUCCUUUUUUCGUGCCCUUGAUAAAUAAAGAAUUCACAAAAAAAUUUCACUCAUAAGGGUCAGUUGCCAUUGGCCAGCCGCCUUCGUUAAUAAUAUUGUCAGCAUCAGGAUUGGCCAAAAUGUUUUCUUAAGAACAAUUCUAGCGUAAGAGCUUUUUGUGCAUACGUGCUGCGAUGACACCCAUCGCUUUAGGAGCUACAAAAUCCUCGACGAAAUAACAAUCUGGCAGGUCACUUGCGCAUCUCGCGCAGAGGUGUAAGCGUGACAACACAGAUAGCAUGUAAAGAAAAGAAAAAAAAAACGAUCUCAAGCAUAAGGGGCACGGCAAUAUGUUCUUCGUAAGUGCACCGAAGUUAGCGGAAGCCAUUCAAACUGAUCUCAGUACUGGCUGCUACGGCUUCCAUGGUCUAUAUGACCCAUCCCACUCAACUGCGCGGUACUCCAUGCACGUUAAUGUGUAGCUUAAUGACGCCGCUUACGCUUUCUUCAUUCUUUCUGUUGCUUUCUCCUGUCAGGGGGGACGAAUCAUGGAAAGCACGUCGGAGGGCAGUAACGCCUGCCUUCCACUUUCGCAUUCUCGACGAUUACAUACCCAUCAUGAACAAGAGAGGCGAGAGGCUCAUGCACAAGGUGGCCUCCAUGAACGGAGAAUAUUUCAACGUCCUCCCCAUUGUUCGCGCAGCUGCAUUCGGAGUGCUCUUUGAAACAUCGAUGGGUAUUGAUUACGAUGAAGAUGACAUCGAACGUACCGGAUACCUUAGAAUUCACGACGCAAUCUCGGACACCAUGGUGAACCGCGUCAUCAACUUCCACCAUUGGUUCGAUACCAUCUAUGCAUUCAGCAAAGAGCACAAACAGAUGUUAAAAUACGUGGAAGACGCAAAGGAGUUUGUCAAUAACAUCCUACAGAAGAGGAUAGCCGACUACCGAAAAGGCAUCAGAGAUCCUGUUUCGAAGAAUUCUUUCCUCGAAAUUCUUCUCCGAAUGUGCCUUGACGAGGGCACAAUGAGAGAAAUUGACCUCCGAGACGAGCUGCUGUCUACUCUAAUUGGGGGCUUCGACACGACGGCGACAAGCCUCGCUUACGCGCUCUACCUUCUCGGUCAUCAUCCAGAAAUUCAGGCUAAGGUUCAGGAGGAGAUCGACACAGUCUGCGGAGACGACUGGGACAAACCCCUUACCGCGGAGGAACUGAAGAAUCUCACCUAUAUGGAGUGUGUACUUAAGGAGGCCAUGAGGCUUUAUCCACCAGGGUCUAUUAUAGGUCGCACCGUCGCAAGGGAUCUGAAAAUUGGAAAGUACACCAUUCCUCGCGGAACCGUGGCAGUCGUGGCUCUCUACUUCCUUCAGCGACACCCGAGGUACAUUAAGGACCCGAAUAGCUUCAAACCCGAGAGGUUCAUGGACUCGAAAAGCAUGCACACCUACGGGUUCGCCCCUUUCUCGGCGGGACCACGAAACUGCCUUGGUCAAAAGUUCGCACUCAGAGAAGAAAAAGUCCUGCUGACGCACAUUAUACGUCGCUUCAAUGUCAGCUCGAAAGUCCCCAUCGACGAGCUUGAACUGUCCAUGGAACUUAUACUCAAGCCCAUUCAAGGCAUUGAAAUCAAAUUAACACCUAGGAAGCACACUUCGUUGAACUGAAAUCGACGAAGCAUAGCACCAGUCACUCGGCCGUGCCAUAUGAUGAACAUUUGUACAGUAUUCAUCAUCAUCCAUCAUUGAAACGUUGCCUAUAUAUUUAGUUCCUACAAAAUAAAGUUAUUUUUUCGAUA